AUGGCAGCCUUUCCACGGGCACCACGCUUUCGCGACGAGAACGUCUUCACUGGUGGCCAGAUGGCCAUGCACAAGGUGGAUGCGGGUGCACUUCGGCCCAACAGCCAAAGACGCGAGGCUGUGCCAAGUCAUUUCAGCGCCAACACACAUCUUGGAGCCCCGCGUGCGGUGUCUCCUGCUUUGUCCAGCAGCAGUGGAGGCGGCCCGACACACCGCGAGCCCUUUCCCCGUUCCACGAGUUUGCGUCAAGGCAAGGGCUCCUUCACGGAAGGGCGUAUGGAGAGCGACUACAUCCACCAACUGAAGAGCCAGAUUGAGUAUUUGACGCUGGAAGUGCAGUUUCUGCGCCAUCAGCUGCGCGAUCAGCAAGGCCUGCAAACCAAACUUGGUGAGCAAGAUGAAGCCCGACUGGCAGCGGAGGAGGAGCUGUCCGUGUGUCGAGAGGCCUUGGAGGCAGAACGCAACAGCCUACGCGAAGUCGAAACUCAGCUUGAACACAAGGAUGAACUGCUUCGCCAGGUGCAGGCGGCGCUAGAUGCUGCGCGUGUUGAGCAUCACCAACAGAAACAAGCCCUGAUUGAGCGCCACGCGCAAGCCGGCAAGGAGGUGGAGGUGCUGCGUGAGGACCUGGCUGCGCGUGAUAGCCAGCUCGAGCGCUUGCGAGGCGAGUACGGGGCAGCCGUUCGCUCAAUCAAUGAAGCUCGCGGUCAAGGUCGCGCGGCGGAGAGCGAGGCUAGCCAUUGGCGCGACGAAUGCCAACAGUUGCAGGAGUCUUUGGCAGCUCGUGCCGAGGAUCAGAUUGAACUACAAGCCACCAUUGCUGAUUUGCGACACCGAUUGUCGACGUACGAGCAGGCUCAACGCCCGCGCUCGGGGGAUGGAGAAUCGGCCAACGGCGAGGAGGAAGAAGAUGAGCGGUACGAGCUACAUCUGCGACUGAAGCAGAGCACGUUGCACGUGGAGCAGCUGCAGGCCACGCGGCAACAACAGGACAGUGCGUUGCAACAAGUGAUCAAUGAAAACGCCAAGUUGACCAGUCGCUGCUCCAGUACCGUCAAGCAGCUACAGCAGAGCCAACGUGAGGCGGCUGAACUCAAAACGCGCAUGCUUGAUCUCGAACGGCGCCUGGCUCGAGCGGAAUCCGAUCGCGAGCACGAACGGGCUGCAAGCAAUCGGCGUAGCGGCACGGGUGAUCGCGAUGAAUUGAGCCGCAUCAAGGGUGAAGUCUACGGCCUCCAGCGCCAGGUGGCCGCGUUGGAAACGCGCGCAGAAGCAGCGGAACAGGAUGCCCACGGAGCUCGCGAGGAUUUAACGCAGCUGAAGGCCCGUUUGGACCAGGAGCGCUCGGAUAACACAUCGCUGCGCCAGGAGCGCGCCGUCUUGCUGGAGCAUGUCCAGGAGCUGGAAGCCGUGCAACAAGUCAAUGUGACCGAGUCGCAUGACCUGGCCGAGGAAAAACGACAGCUGCUCUUGCGCAUUCGCGAACUGGAGCGCUCCCUCAACUUUUACCAGCGCAUCAAUGCCAUCCGCUGGCAAGAUCUGGAACAGAUGGCCUCGGCCGUUCGUGAUCUGACGCACGACAUGCAAGGUCGAGAUCAAUCAUAUGCCGCCUCGGACGAUGGCGAUGCUGCUCCCCGCACGGCUAGACGAGAGAGAGAGAGAGAGAGAGAGAAAGAGAAAGAGAGAGAGAGAGAGAGAGAGAGAAGAGACGAGACGAUGAUCAUGAUGGAGGAGGUGAUCCCCCACCAGAGCCAGAGUGCACAUCAAUCGCGCCAUCUAAUCCAGGCCUACUCUUCAUUCAAGCAAUUCUUGCCAUCGCAUACACAUCCUCCUCUCCUCCGUUCCCACCUCCCCAGCUUUGGCGUUUGCAACGUGGUGCACCCCGUUCACCACCAACGGUCCACCUCGAUGGAGUACAAAGUGUUUGUGGGGAACAUCCCGUUCGCAGCUGACGAAGAUGAGCUGAGAUCGGUAUUUCCCUCACAAGACAUUGUCCAUGCCGAGAUUAUCCGGGAGGAUAACGGCAAGUCCCGCGGUGCGGGCUACCUAGUCUUUGGCAAUGAGGAGGAUUACCAAGCUGCCUUGGCGCAGGGUGUAGCCGAUCUACACGGCCGCCAACUGCGCAUCACCAUGGCCAACAGCCGCCGUGGCCGCACGGAUAACGGUCGCGGGCCUGGCGGUCGACGUGACGGGCCUGGCCAAGGCUAUCGACCCAUGUCCGUAGCCGAUGCAGACCAAUCUGUACCGCAAUGGUGGGAGCAGUUUGGUACCCACCCCACCUUCGCCCCGAAUGUCAACGCCAAUGGCGUUCCAAUUGUCAGACCCAUCAUCAAACUGCAUGUCCCCCACGGCGCCACCAACGUGAAACUCUACAAGUGCUCAGAACGAAUGCUUCAAGAUCUAGAGCAGUGCCUUCCGCCCGAGACGCAAGCAGAUCUGCGCCGCGGCUAUGGUGCCUGUGUCGCUGGCCUGCACCAGGAUGUUUUGAACAUGCCCAUUAACUUCUCCCCUACCUCGGAUCGCUCCCUGGAGGAUGACAUGGCCGAGCCUCUUUCUGCCGCGCAGGACGAAGGCGCUCCCUCGGCGCUUGACAUCUCCUUUGGUCUUCCAGUUGUCAUUGUAAACCGUGCUUUCCAAAAUCAGGUCAUCUCGCUUCGCGAUUUUGAAAAAAUGAUUGAACAGUUCUUUGUCCGGGUUCUUUUUGUCGAGCGCAUCGACAUGACAGCGGAACGCAAGGACGUGGCUCGCGCCUUGACCAGCAGUCAAGGCUGGGAUAUGUUACGCAAUCAGGUCGAUGUGGAGGCACACUUCAUGGACAAAAAAAUUGCGCUCUUCAACGUGGACUCGAAUGGAGAGUUGCAAUCUGACACAUCAGCAGCAGAGAACGCGGCAUCCAUGGCGCCCAACAUGUUUCUGGUGGAUAACGAGCUGGAAGCUCGGUUGUCCUUCUGUGAACUUGACACGGAAACGGGCCGUCUUAAUGUGCCAGACACGAACAAUAGUGAUCUGCGUGUCACGCAGCAUCGCAGCUUGUCCUCGCAACGCAACAUCAAGCAUGAAAUUCUGAAGCAUCGCAACUCUUGGCUUGCCGACGUUAUGACUGUCGGUGAAUACGACCAUGUCAGUCGCUAUGGCUCCAGCGCACGUCAGCAUCUAGAGCUGCAUGUAUCCCGUCACCACUUGUUUCAGCAUCAGAAGGACCAGGAUCAACCCAACUUGGUCGAAUACGUUACCUACAAGUCGCUGAUGUUCUGUCCUAGCCGCAGUCUCAGUGCCAUGAUUACGCUCGCCGAAGUGCCUCCUGCGGAGGACGGCGGAUUUCCUCAUGCACUUUGUUCGGCUUUCUCUCACCGCGAUGUCUCGCCCCCCCCCCUCUCUCUCUCUCUCUCUUUCUGGCCUCAUCGAGCAGAGGAAUCAGUUGAUACGGCCAUCAACGUGGCCAUGGAGGGCGUUCGAUUGGCUCGCGCUGUUUUGGUAGAGCUACCCACAUUUCAGGAGGAUCGCUUCGAAUGA